GGAUUCGAUAGCAUUCAUAAGGAUAUAAAUUUUUUUAAUCCUGUCAAAUACUUUUGUUUAAUCAGGGAAAUAUCACCAGUGUUUGAUUGGUGCUACUCAUGAGUCAAAAGAAGAACUUGAUAACAUCAUAAAAAAUGGCGGGCGAAUACGAUUUCCACCUGCAGCAUUAUUCUCAGACUUAUCUGAAGCUGAUGAUCAAGCGUGCUUGAAAAAGAAAUCUACUGCUCCUAAAGACAAUAAGACGCGUGAUAUAUUAAACAAAAAAUUAUCAACAAUCAAUAAGGAUCGUUUUAAUAUUGAACAAGGUAGUGUAAUGGCAACAAAUCUUGAAGAACGUGAAGUGACUGAUCUUGAAUCCAUAAAGGAUAAACCACAUAAGCGCAAAAAGAACAAUGACAGUGAAAUCCACUCAUUUGAUGAAGUCAACAACAAAGAAAAUAACUCUGUGGACCCUAAGAAAAUAAAAAAAGAACCGGGAUAUAAACUUACUCUGGUACGAGGUAACGACGAUAUACUUGCCAAAGAACCUGGAGACUUAUACGAAAACGAAAAUGAAGUUUUUAUUUCUGAACCUACUUCAAGCAAUGAUUUUCUGCCACCAUUACCUCACCACGGUAGUUCAUCUUCAACAACAGAAAAACAACAAUCAUCAACAACUUUCUUGAGGCCGAGUACUUCAAAUAUGGGAAGUAAUGACUUAGAAGAUAAGAUGAAAAAAAAUCCAGUUUUGGAGCAAAAAGCAAUUGUUGUUACACCUGGGAAAGAUAAGAAGAAGAAAAAACAUCAUUUUAAAGAGGAAAAAAUAAUAACCCAAAUGGACCAAAUGCAAAGUGAUCUGAGUGAUGUCAAAAAGGAGCAACAACUCCAAAGCCAAAUGUUACAAAAAUUAUUAGACUUUUGGAAUGAACACAGAGAUACGCCAUCAAAUCUUGGAUCAGUGGAAUUAGAGAAAAAAACAGGAUUUCCUCAAGUUGGUUUUACUCGAGUAUCGGAUAACAGUAUCCAUCUAGGACAAGGUGUUUUUGUAUCUAAGAACUCUUAUCUAGCGGCAAAAACUAAAGCUAAAAGUGCUUCACAAUUUGUGAGGCAAAUGUUAAUAGCAGUAUUUACACCUGAAGAGUUGCAAAAUAGCAGUGUUCAUGGAGCUAAAUCUAACAAAAUAAAACAAGAACAGCAAAAACCAGGACUGGAUCCAACUAGAUUACAAGCCGUGAAAGACAUAACUUCGUAUUACCUUAAGGAGUCAGGAAUAUCAAAACAACGCUAUGAUGCAGACAUAAAAGCGUUUUACUCUUACGUAACCAGCAAAAUAACUGAUUCUCGAGCUGAAACCAAACGUCCGUCAAAGAAGCCUGAAGAAAGCCGUGUAAUGAAAUCGAAUAUUGAAGAAAAUAUUGAAGAAAAUACUCUAGCCUCAGAUAGCGAAGAAAGCAGUGGAGAUUCUGAUGAUGAAGAGACUAGUACAGAAUUGGAGAAGGACGAUGAAAACAAGAAAGAUACCGAGAAGGAUAAACCUAACAAAGAAGAUUCAGAAUUUGUUGCUGAAAAUGUUGACGAUGAGCUGACUAAAACGAUUGGCCCUGAAGAAAGCUCUGAUUUGAUAAAAGAAGAACACAAAGCUCAUGAUUAUGAGAACGUCGAAGAAUGAAGAAUUUAUUAUUAAUAUUUUGAUAUUGCUUAAUUACUUUUCCUUAAGUUCUAAAUAUUUUUAUAACGCCCUUAUUCGUAUCUAAACAUUUAUUUAUAAUAUUUAAAUAAGCUGAUCUAGUUUCAUAAGUAUGGUUUUUAAGAUUUGAAUACUUAUACUUUGUGUUUGUCGUCGAAAGACCUUAUUAAAUAAAUCACAAUAAUUUUA